AUCAACGCUGCCUUGAUUUGAUAUCAUUACAUGACGUUAUCAUCGGCGUAUAUAUGAGUAUUGGAGUGCAAAAACAGAUUAGUGGUGGUCUGGACAGUAAACAAGACACAUUGCACAAUAGUCCAUUGAAUUAGUUCGCGAAUAUGUUAAACAAAAUUGGUGUUUUGUUUUUGCUUUGUUGUUUCAGUGGGUGUCUGCCUAAGAAACAGUUACCAAGCUACAUCCAAAUAUGCAAGAGGGACCAGAACACCAUCAAUGAUUGCGCGCGCCGGUCGAUAGAGGCGUUGCGGCCGCGGCUCAUCGAAGGCCUACCAGAACUGGAUGUGCCGGCUAUCGAGCCUUUCUACAUUCCAGAGAUAGUAAUUGUAAGCGGUGAGCAGAUAUCACUACGGGCGAUUGGCAAGGAUGUGAGGGUCACGGGAGCUGGAAACUUCACGAUCAAAAGUUUGUCAGUUGAUUUGGAUACACUGACGUUCAGAGCUCGCGUGCGGUUCCCUAAGUUGCACCUGGAGGGCCGGUAUAGCGUCGACACCCAGAUCCUCAUCGUGCCUAUCAAAGGGAAGGGCACACUCAAAUCUGAUGCCGUGAAAUGUGACGCGGAGCUGGUGCUCCGAGCGAGGACCUUCGAGCGAGACGGCGUGGAGUACAUAGGGUUCACCAGGCUCGACACUGACGUCAGCAUCAAGGACUACUAUAUACGGCUGGAAGGACUCUUCAAUGGAGACCCUGUGCUUGGAGAAGCCACGAAUGCUGCUAUCAACGAAAACCGAGGGGAGUUCCUCCGGGCAGUGAAACCUUACCUGGAGAGCACCGUGUCCAAACUGUUCCUUGAUAUUGCCAACAAAGUUGCUAAGGACAUCCCAUACGACGAAGUUCUGCCUAAACCCUAGAAUGUCAACAUUCUGAUUCAUAUCAAAGGCGGACUACGAGGGUGGUCUGAAAAGU